CGUGUUUUGAGGGCAGGUCGUGUACUGCCUCCUGCCACGGGUUCCGGUGGUGGUGGCUACGUGUAAUUUUAAGUGAAAAUGGCAGAUAGAAUUAAAAAACACCCGGACAGUAGUGCAAAUUUACUGUUUAGUGCAGCUCCGGAGUUCAACUUUAACCUGCCCUUUCUGCCCGUGAGCCAGGCCGGUGGUCCGGCGUUGAUGACAGGAGAUGAUUCUGUUGGUGAAGAGGACAGCUUCGUAGGACAGACUUCAGAUAACAGUCCCGCCCCCUCCACGUUUAACUACUUCUCAAAUCCAGUGACCAGCGACCCAUUUGCCUCCAUUGGUCAACCAUCAGGUCCCCCACAGACCCUCUCCCAAACCUUCUCUGCCCCUCUGCCCAUGGGUCCAAUCUCUACCCCGAGUUCUAUCUCCAUGGCUUCUAUUCCUCCUCCUGCAGUCUCUCAAACACAUCCUCCUUCUGCUUUUGGUGUUAAUAAUGCUGUUUACCAGAGCUCAAUGGGACGGCAUACCCCACCUCCGAGCUCCAUGACCCCUCCUCCCUCCCUUCCUCCCCAGUCACAUUCUCAGAGUCAUAACCCGUAUCGCCACACGCCCUCCAGUAGCCGGGCCAGUCCGUACAUCCCAGCUCCAGAGGUCCUCCCCCCUACCCAAUCCUCACCACAGCAGGCUCCGUAUCCGUACAGUGCCCCCCCUCAUUCUCAGGCAUUCCUCCCUCCACCACCAGCUCAGAGCUUUAACAAGCCCCCUUCCUCACAGAUCCAGCCCCCUCCUCCCCCCUCUUUGUCCGGGGCAGUGGUCCCAGCUAGUCCCAUGAUGCCGUACAACUAUAACGUGUACGAGACGGUUCAGCCGCACUGGUUCUACUGUAAACAGGUCGAAUCCAAGAGCGUGUGGCUGCCAUUCAGUAUUAUCGACUCACUGCAACUGGAGGAGAUCUACAACUCGGUUCAACCAGAUCCUGAAAAUGUGAUAGUUCGCACUGACGGAGGGCGAUAUGAUGUUCAGUUGUACGACCGGCUGCGGACGGCAGUGUACUGGGAGGAGGAAGCCACCGAGGUUCGGCGCUGCACCUGGUUUUACAAAGGAGACAACGACAGUCGAUUCAUCCCCUACUCAGAGGAGUUCAGUGAAAAGCUUGAGGUUGAAUAUAAGAGAGCUGUGUCCACAAACCAGUGGCACCGCAGAUUGGAGUUUCCUUCAGGAGAAACAAUCGUCAUGCACAACCCAAAGGUGAUAGUGCAGUUCCAACCUUCCUCAAUGCCUGACGAAUGGGGCACGACACAGGACGGACAGGCCAGACCCCGGGUGGUCAAGAGGGGCAUUGAUGAUGACCAUGAUGAAGUCCCAGAUGGUGAGCUUGCGACAGUGGACCAUCUGGUUUUCAUGGUUCAUGGGAUUGGUCCUGUCUGUGACCUGAGGUUUAGGAGCAUGGUGGAGUGUGUUGAUGAUUUCCGCAGUGUGUCCCUGAAGCUGCUGCAGACUCACUUUAAGAAGCAGGUGGACGACCACACCAUCAGCCGUGUGGAGUUUCUGCCUGUUCAGUGGCACACGGCCCUGCACGGAGACGCCACCGGGGUCGACAGACGGAUAAAGAAGAUCACGUUGCCGAGCACUGGGCGUCUGCGUCACUUCACAAAUGAGACUUUACUGGACGUGCUUUUUUACAACAGCCCCACAUACUGUCAAACCAUCAUGGAUACAGUCGCCAUGGAGAUGAACCGUCUCUACGCGCUGUUCAUGGAGAGAAACCCCGACUACAAAGGAUCAGUGUCAGUGUCUGGGCAUAGUUUAGGAUCUUUGAUUCUCUUCGAUCUUUUGUCAAACCAGAAUCUUGGUUCAUCGAUGCCAAUCAUUCCCACAGCAAAUGGAAUAGAGCCACAGGUCCCAGCCCCAGUACCACAGAUCACUCCGUCUGUGACUCCCCCUGUUGAAGAGGAGCCAAAAGAAGAGCCUAAAGGAGACGGGUUUGAGGAUCUCAGCUCUGUCCUGGAACAUUUAGGACUAUCCGAAUACAACAGCACUUUUGACCAGGAGAAAAUCGACCUUGAGUCCUUUUUCAUGUGCACAGUCGAUGACCUGAAAGACAUGGGAAUCCCUCUGGGUCCCAGGAAGAAAAUUGCAAAAUUUGUCAGAGAGAGAUUAAGCAAACAGGUUGAGGAGAAAAAGACAGCAGAGGUGAAAGAGGUCGCUCCGGUGGUCACUCCUCCAACUGCAACUUCUGUCCCUGAACCAGAGAAGACACUUCCUGUUGGAGUCUCCUCUGUCCACGUCAACUACAACUACUUCAGAGUCGGAACGGGACAGGUGUCGGUGGUGUACCACACUCUGGACUUUGAGCCUGUGAGCUUCUUCGCUCUGGGGUCUCCCAUCGGGAUGUUCCUCACAGUGAGGGGUCUGGAGCGCAUUGAGGAGACGUACCACCUGCCCACAUGCAAGGGCUUCUUCAACAUCUACCACCCGUUGGACCCAGUGGCGUAUCGCAUUGAACCGCUGAUCGUACCAGAUUUGGACUUGAAGCCAGUUUUAAUCCCACAUCACAAAGGAAGAAAGAGACUCCACCUCGAGUUGAAGGAGAGCCUGACACGGAUGGGCUCAGACCUGAAGCAGGGUUUCAUCAGCUCUCUCAAAAGCGCAUGGCAAACUCUGAACGACUUCGCCCGCGCUCACACCUCGUCCGCGCAGCUACAGGCUCAACUCGCCAUCGUCGCAAACCAGAUCGAAGAGGAGGAGAAGAGCGCACAGCAAGAGGACAAGAGGGACAUUGAGACACCAGAGCCACAGCGGGAGGAGGAGCCUCAGGUGAAGAUCGGGCUUUUGAAUGGAGGAAACAGGAUCGACUAUGUUCUUCAGGAAAAACCCAUCGAGAGCUUCAAUGAGUAUCUGUUUGCUCUACAAAGCCAUCUCUGCUACUGGGAGUCUGAAGACACAGCACUGCUCAUCCUCAAAGAGAUCUACAAAACCAUGGGGAUUCAUCCAGAGCCACUCGCACAUUAAAACAUCGGGACAGAAAACCUUUAACUAAUUUUACUGAAGCUGAUCAUUUCUUAUUUUCUUAUUUCUAUCCAUGUAGUUUAUUGUAUUAAGGUGAAAAACACACCUGUAUAAUGCCAUUUGUCUUAAUUAAGAGACACAAGUAUGCUGGCAGAUUUAAACUUUAUAUGACAUUUUAUAGAUAAAUUAUAGCAGGGAUUGAGUUUAGUGAAAGCAUGUAAAAUAAAAUGUUAAAUGAACAAUAAGGAGCAGAGAUGAGAGAGGUUAAUGCAGUUGGAUUUAUUAUGGCCAAAAUUCAAAAUAAACUUUGUAGUUUUUACAAAAUGUUGGACAAUGAGUGGAAGACAUUUCUCCUGCCAAAAGAGAAGACUAUUUACAAGCACUGGGAUGUUUGAAAAUGUAUUAAAUAACAAAGUACAAAUGAGAGAAAUAAAGCCUGCUCUAUACAAGUGUGUCCUUUUUAAUCCUAAUUUAUCCUUUCACUGCCAUUGCAACAGCUGUACACAUCUUUACACUGCAAAAACUCAAUU